GCCGGGAGUCCUGGUGCCGCCGGUUACACUUCUGAGCGCCUUCGGGAAGCCACAGGGUAGGGGAACCUGUGCGGAGGAGCCGGGGAGAGAUAGCAGGCAGGCCCAGCUUAUGUGCCAGCCCAGUGACACACACAGAAGCAUAAGUCAGGCUAAGGAUGGUGCGUCCGGGCGCUCACGUGUGUAUUACAGAACCACCGGCAGGACUAUUUGCGAUGUGGGCACCUGUCGUGUGAGUGCCUCCGGGCGUGGUUGCUCAUGGGACGUUCAGUUUUUGCAUGAUUUAUCUCGAGGGGCCUACCUUCCUCUGGCGUCAGAGGAGGAACCUAAGAAGUUUAGCGGAGCCGGGUUUCAGCAGAUUAAGGGAGUGGAACAGCGGCUGGGCCAGAGAGGGUGGGGACUGCAGGUGCUGGGGGCUAGGGAACCACCUAUUUGCCCCGUCUCCCCACCUGAAAGGCCUUUUGGGCAGGCUAGCGUGACAAAGGUGGCCCUAAAAUGCUCGAGAGCCCGGGCAGUGAUGAUCGCUGAGUGAGUGGCACUGGGCUAAGCCUCAGCAGUUGACUGAAAGAGAGGGAUGCUAGCAGUUAGGAAGGUUAGGAGGAAACUCAGGAUGGGGACCAUCUGCUCCCCCAACCCCAGCGGGACAAAGACAUCCUUGGAGGUCUGCAAUGCUGACUGGAUGGCCUCGCUCCCUCCUCACCUCCACAACGUACCCCUUUCCCAUCUGGCAAUCCCAGGCUCCCAUGAUUCAUUCAGCUACUGGGUAGACGAAAAGUCCCCAGUGGGGCCUGACCAAACCCCAGCUAUCAAACGCCUGGCCAGGAUCUCCUUGGUGAAGAAGCUCAUGAAGAAAUGGUCCGUGACUCAGAACCUGACAUUCCGCGAACAGCUGGACGCUGGGAUCCGCUACUUUGACCUGCGUGUGUCUUCCAAGCCCGGGGAUGCUGACCAGGAAAUCUACUUCAUUCAUGGGCUUUUUGGCAUCAGGGUCUGGGACGGGCUGAUGGAGAUUGACUCGUUCCUCACACAGCACCCCCAAGAGAUUGUUUUCCUGGAUUUCAACCACUUCUAUGCCAUGGAUGAGGCCCAUCACCAACGCCUGAUUCUCCGGAUCCAGGAGGCUUUCGGAAACAAGCUGUGCUCAGCCUGCAGUGUGGAGAGUAUGACGCUGCAGACACUGUGGGAGAAGAGGUGCCAGGUUCUUAUUUUCUAUCACUGUCCCUUCUACAAGCAAUACCCCUUCCUGUGGCCUGGAAAGAAGAUCCCAGCACCCUGGGCCAAUACCACGAGUGUGCACAAGCUCAUCCUCUUCUUGGAGACCACGCUGAGCGAGCGCGCCCCCCGCGGCUCCUUCCACGUGUCUCAGGCGAUCCUCACACCCAGAGUGAAGACCAUCGCCCGAGGCCUGGUCGGCGGCCUCAAGAACACUCUGGUGCACAGGAAUCUUCCUGCCAUCCUGGACUGGGUGAAAACUCAGAAGCCUGGAGCCAUGGGUGUCAAUAUCAUCACAUCUGACUUCGUGGACCUGGUGGACUUUGCCACGACUGUCAUUGAAUUGAAUGACCUCCUACAGGAGGACAGAGCUUUGGCUAAAUGCUGAUUUUUUAUUUAACUUAAUAUUGAAUUUGUUGAUCCAGGCUAGGGUUCUGAAGGGUUUCCUGUAAAGUUGGCCCCCAGGCAGUGAUGCUGAAGUGAGUAAGAGGAGGGAACAUUCUUUUUUUUCCUUCCUUACAGGGCCCUUUGGAUAAAAUUACAGAGCUUUUAAUUGCAUUUUUCCCACAUGAGACUUUUUAAAAACUCAAGUCCAAGGGAAGAAAGCAUGUUUCAUGGGAUCAAGGUCAGGCUCUUCCCAAUGGCAUAUGAUGUUGAAUGUAAUAUGGAAAUGGUGUCUCCAAGUUCCAUUGGGCUAUUGAGUGGCCUGUUGUCUUCCAGGAUGCUGUAUUUGAGCCAGAGAGAAGGCUAAAGCAGGAGGUCACUCCUGCUCAAAAGGAUGGUUUAUGGCAGGUGUUGACUGCCCUGUGUGGCAGCUCUGUCACCAGCCUGGAGCUCUGAGGGCAGAGAGGUCAAGAACCAGUUUUUCCUAGGCAUGCUGAGCGUCAGCACUUCUUCCCUGAGAGUAAGAUGUAUUUAUCACCAAGGUAUUACAGCCACGGGUUGUUCUCUCAGUGCUUAUGCUUGGUAACUGGACCCCUUCAUUCUUUAGAUAAACAGUGCGUAUUGUCCUCAGUAUCAGGAAAGUGUUUCCCAGUUUUAAAACACUGAUUCCUCUCUUUCGGGCCCUACUUAAAAGUGAAAGGAGCAGUGAUGGGACAUCUUUUUCAGCCUGGGGCCCACCAGAAAUAGACGUGCAUGUCUGUUGCAUGACAGAUUUCUUUGAUUUAAUUCUGUAGCUUUCCCCCAGAUAGCUGCUAGGCAAGCGGUGCAUCGUUCUGGCAAAGUCCUCUGUGGAUGGGACCUUGAAGCCAGAUCUUGGAAUGGCAUUUCAUUGUUGCUGCCUAGGACUCGAGUCUGCCUCGUGGGACACAACGCUAAGGGAAGGCGCCUUGUCGGUGACACCGUGGAGGCAGACACAGGACGCGUGGGAAAGUGCAAUGGAUUUCAGGAGGCGGCUCCAAGCGGGUUUGGAGCCGUUCUGUAACUCCUUGAAAACAAGACUACCUCGGGGACACUGAGGAUGACGGCGUGUCAUCAAGCAAGAAAUUCCCAGUGUGUUGGAAUAUUUCCAGUUCGUAUCUUGAUUGUUCUAGUUUCUGCAGGUUGUUUUGAGCUGACUAAUCACCACCGCAGGAGGGCUUGGAAACUCAAGCGGGGAUUUUUUUAGUAUUAUUAUUAUAAGAGGUGCUUAUCCAUAAAAAGCCCUCUUGUGUUCUGUUUUAUUUAUUUAUUUAUUCAUCUAUUUAUUUUAUAGAUUAAGUAUCUCCAGUGCUUCUUACCUCAAGAGCACUCACAAAAGAGCUUCCUGAACUUUUCUCACCCAGGCCAGAUGCUGCCACGGUCCUGCUCCGGUCAACAGGACCAUGCAUCUCAGGACCGUGAGUGACCUCUGACUCUGCCGCUGUGGACGGCCCAGUUCCCUCAGUCGUGGCGGGGGCCAGCAUUCACACAUGGGUGUGGUCCAGACCAGCGAAGCCACCACCAGGCUACCGCACUGAAACAGAAGACGAGAUGGGUCAUGAAGAGCUCUCAUUUCUUGAGAGAACCUUUCAGAAGAAGGAUGAAAAAGAAGGAGCCAGAAAGAAAACUGGGCAUCUAUGUGCAUGCACUCUGCAGAACUCUCUGAGAAGCCCUCAGGAGGUGUUAGCUUCUGGCUUCUUAAAACGGAAGAACAUGGAAUCCCAUCCGAAUGCGCAUUUAGACAGGUGGUCAGUCCACCUCCCGGUAGCUUUCCACUCCCAUCCUCCGAUGCUCAUGGCUGGACCUUGCAUGUUGCCUGCAGAGGGGUGUGUCCUGUCUGAGCUGCUCAGAGCACACGCACACCCCCCAGGGCUAAGUCUUCCAGCCUUUACUUUGCUUCAAGUAAUUAAAGCCCUGACCUUUAGCUUCCACAGCUUGAAGAGGUCACAACACA